CCAACCUUGUCUCCAACAUUCAACUUGACUUUACACCCAACUCAUCCACUCUACGGGUCAGCGAAUCACUUCAAAAAUGAACAGUGUUCUCUACGUCACCGGCUUCAGCCCCAACCUCCGCGCGCGCGACCUCGCCUACGAGUUUGAGCGCUACGGUCGUCUGGUCCGCUGCGAUAUCCCGGCCCUCAAGACGUCCAGCUCUUCGCCGCGGAACGAGUACGACGACUAGGUCGAGUUCGAGCUCGAUGUCGACUCGAUCCAACUGCGUACACCUGUCCGUGUCGCCCGACCCGCCGCUCUACCGGCCCGAGGCUUGCGAUGAGGCCUGGAGCACGAGGGCGCGUACAGUCACGUCGCGCAAUUUACGAUGCGAGGGCGAUCUUCCCAGCGUGGGACCGAGAGGCGAUGCCCGCCAGGCCAGCCACACGUAUCUGUGAAGACGAGAAGAGUGAAGAGCGAGUGCCGGCGAAACACGAGUCCAGGCGACGCGACUCGAUGCGAUCCGAUGCGAGCGAGCUCGGAGCCCACCCUACCCCAGCACCACCACCUCGCUCCCCAACUGCCGAUCGACGCCCCGAGGACUCUCCCACCCGUGUAUGUAGCCCAUGCUCACCCGCCGCCCCGACCCACAGCUUUCGCCUUCGUCGAGUUCCGCCGCGAGGACGACGCCGAGGACGCUUACUAUGACAUGCACGGCCGCUCCAUUGACGGUCGCCGUAUUACUGUUCAGUGGGCCAAGCGCCCUCCCAGCGCUGCGUGGAGGCACGAUGAGCGUGACGGUGGCCGCGGUGGUGACCGUGGUGGUGACCGUGGUGGUGACCGUGGUGGUGACCGUGGUGGUGACCGUGGUGGUGACCGUGGCGGCGACCGUGGCGGCGACCGUGGCGGUGACCGCGACCGCGAUGAUCGCCGUCGCUCUCCUCCCCGCCGUCGUUCGCCUUCGCCCCGCCGCGACCGCGAUGACCGUGGUGACGACCGUCGCGGCGACCGUGACUACGAGCGCCGCGAUGGCCGUGACGAGCGCGACGAGCCUCGCGAUGACCGCCGCGACGACCGCGACGACCGCGAUGACCGCAACCCGCGUGACGACGGCGACGACCGCCGUGACGACCGUGCCUCGGCCUCGCCGGUCCGCAACAACGGUGACGACUCUGAGCGUAUCGCUGUCGACGAGAAGGAGCCCGCCGCUGCUGACGAGCGCGACGAUGAGCGCGACAGGCGCGACGACUAG